AUCAUUAUUAAAUAAAAUAAUUAAUUAUUAAUUGUUCGCACAAAGUGAUCAGACGGCUGUCUCAAAAGUAUCGGCUAAUUUAUUUAUUUAGAUAUUAUAAAAUUAAAACAAUUUUAUUAUUUUGAAUUCCAUUUCGAGUCAACUCAAUAAUUUAUUUGCUGUAGAAAUUCAAUAAAAAUAAUCACAAUGCUGUUGAUAAAGAAUAUUAUUUUGAGUGCAUUGUUCGCUAGUGUUUCGUGCUACGAAUUAAAAUACUUCAAUUUAUCACCAACGAAUCCUCCAAUCACACACACAAAUAUGACUCAACUUUUCGAACUUUGUUUCGCAAAUACAUCAAAUCCAAUAGUCAUAACUGAGAACUUGGUAGAGACGUUUCUCAAAAAUUUGCCGAUUACAAUAAAGGCGCCUGUCGUUAUCAUCAACGAAAAUUUCAUUGCCAAAAACAUUCAGCUGUACUAUCCAACUUACCCGAUGUAUAUUUUAUCGGUGUCGAGUGGUAAGGAGAUGCUCCAACUCUUAUUGAGACUGAUUUAUUCACCGUCAUGGAGUUUGAAAUCCCUAUUUUUUGUGAUCUUCGAAACCGAAAACUCUUGCGAGCGUUCAUUGGAAAUUUUCACCGUACUGUGGCAGGUUGGAUUGUUAUCAAGUAUCAUGGUCUGUUCCAGGACCGGUAAUGAAACCAGCCUGUAUACUUAUAAUCCAUUCACAAAUCGAGCACCCAAUCCUUGGGUCAAAAGUAAUAUAAAUUACCUACCAUUUACCUUUUACAAUCAAUCUUUUACGAACGAUCAUAAAAUAUGUGAGUCUCUGUUUUUCGAUAAAACUCAAAUGCUUGAUGGCUAUCCCGUUAAAGUGGCCACUACGGAUAAAGCAACAGCAUUCUAUUUCAAUUUUAUAUUUAGUUUGAUAAACAUGACUCAACAAGCGACUUACUUUGGAGACGAUGUUACUUCAAUGUAUGCUUCAUUAUUAAAUGGAAAUAACGAUUUCACUACUGUGUACAAUCGGUAUUAUAGCGAACAUAUAGCUAUUUGCACAGUGCCAUCCCAUACGAAAAUAUUUAUAACCGAAAAUGUAGUCAAAUAUGUAUCCAUGAUUAUAACUUGGAUAUAUCCUAGAUUAUAUGACAUUUUGCCGCAAGAUUAUAACCGUGAGAUAUAA